GCGCUGAUAGCGCCGUAGACCUUGCUAUCGAACCAUCGGGACACUGUUGUUCAACCCGACAACUGCAGUCGAAGCCUCCUCCCGUCCCACUGAAAAAGACUACCAAAAAGAGCGCAUUGUCGACGUGUCAAGACGCUGUUGCUAUCGUCGCUAUUGUUCUCUGACGCUAUGGACGCUGUUACGGCCGUCGUCUGCGUAACGGCGUCGUUGGCGACGGUCUGGUGCGUGUUUGAGGCGUACCUCCGGUAUGUCUACUCCAGGCGCAUCGUAGAAGGAACGCUACCCUCCGAUACGCGUCGAUCGAUGCUGUGCAGGUCGUACGGAACAACGAUGGACGCUUGCCAAGAGAUGACGCCGUCCUAUGGCAGCUACCAGCUUACAAGCACUGACGAUGCAUCCCUAAACGUCAUGCUUACCGUGCGAAACUCCAAGCCUCCUCCGUACGAUGAGUACAUCGUGCAGGAAUCGGGGCCACCACCUUACGAGCAAUGUCUGCCAGGAGAGUGAUUGCUACGAACGCCUGACCAUUCGUAUGCCACACACGAAGGCAUCAUGUAGCAUGCCACUACAUGACGCGGACGAAAGUCCAUAGUCAGAGUUUGAAGUCACGAAGUCAAGAACGUGGCGUGAUAGCGGCGCCACUUCCAGUCCCCUUGCCAGCGCGCGCGUCUUGCGCGCGGAAUGUCCUCACGUGACUGCCAUGUGCGAAACUUCAUACGUCAUCGCGCCUAUCCGAGCAUUUGCAUGCCUCGACAUAAGUGUACAAUGUCACUGCUGCAUUUCAUACGUACAGCUGCUACAACUACUGUGUGCGAACUCCUUCAAAAACAUUUCCUGAACACUCACGUUUUAACUCCUGACACCAAAGCUCCACUGUCAUGACGCUGUGCUGAUCAGUUAUUAAAAGCUGCCAUUGAAUCGUAA